UUCGUCCCUGCUGCCCUAUUACUUUCCGACUUAAAAAUGACUUGGGAUCAGUGUAUCUGCUUCCAGUCCCAGUCAUAAUCAUUGUAAAAAUUACGGGUACACUGAUACAAAGAUAGUGGCCUCCGUACUCAAAGAAAUCCCUUUAAAAAGAGUACGGGCAUUUCCUCGCAUAGAAGAACGGGACGCAGCGCAGGCUUCAGCAUUGCAGCCUGUUGUAUCUGCAUAGCCGAGGCGGUUUUAUAGAAGAUGGCGCUGCUGACCCCCCUGUUCGCAUUUCUCUACCACCUGCCGCAGGUGUAUAAGUGGCUGCUGAAGCCCUAUUAUGUGGCUUCGAUCUUCCUAGCGGUCGCCUUCCUUCUGGUCCGCAAGAGCCCCGGCAUUUGCGAGCAUCUCCCCACACAGCGGGAGGACGGCAACUCCUGCGACUUCGACUGGAGAGAGGUGGAGAUCCUGAUGUUUCUCAGUGCCAUCGUCAUGAUGAAGAACAGGAGAGCCAUAACUGUAGAGCAGCACGUGGGGAACAUCAUCCUCUUCUCCAAGGUGGCCAAUGUGAUCCUCUUCUUCCGGCUGGACAUUCGAAUGGGCCUCCUCUACCUCACGCUCUGCAUCGUGUUCAUGAUGACCUGCAAACCGCCAAUCUACAUGGGCCCAGAAUACAUCAAGUACUUCAGUGAUAAGACCAUAGACGAGGAGCUUGACAGGGACACUCGUGUCACAUGGAUCGUGGAGUUCUUUGCCAACUGGUCUCCUGAAUGUCAGUCCUUUGCCUCCGUCUACGCUGACCUCUCUCUCAAGUACAACUGCGCUGGCCUGAAGUUCGGGAAGGUGGAUGUGGGGAGAUACGGAGAGGUCUCUAAGAAGUACAAGGUGAGCACCUCCCCCCUGUCUAAGCAGCUUCCCUCACUGCUGCUGUUCCAGGGAGGCAAAGAGCUUAUGCGGCGUCCCCAAGUGGACAAGAAGGGCCGUGCAGUUUCCUGGAGUUUUACGGAGGAGAACAUCAUUCGCGAGUUCAACUUGAAUGAGCUGUACCAGGUGUCCAAGAAGCUGUCCAAGGGGAAAGCGGAGAAGGUGGCUGAGCUGAAGUUCCCAGCCGUGCCUGAGGAGGGCGAGCUGGAGGCAGAGCCAAACGGUCAGGAUGUGGUGCCAGAGACCAAGAAGGACAAGUAGAACAAUGUCAGACACCACAUUUCAUUAUGCAUCAGUCCUGUUGCAACAAACUAUUAGAUGGGAUUAUGCAAAAAAAAAAAAAAAAUAGCAGUGACUCAGAUGGAGGGAAGAUGGACCUCAGGAGAGAUGGUGGGAAGUGGAGAUGAUGGUCGAGAUUAUUAUGAUUAUUUUUUUAAAUUGUAUGUCUUUAUAUCAGUGCUUUAAAUUGCAGAUCAAUUGACUGCAUACGUCUAUGUAAUGAUCUCCAGCAUGCUAGCUACUCUUGAUUUUACUACUGAUAUUUAAAUGUUUCCCUUUCUCAGCCAACCCAAAUCAGUGAUUCUUGGGGUUUUUUUUUGGAAUCUGUUACUGUAGCCAAAAGUGACACUGAGGUAACAAACCCAAAGCAGAAUGGAUAUGAGGAACUGCUCACACAGAAUAACCAUCCUGAUUCACGCUCAGGUUGUAAUAGCAGGUGCUAGUUCCCUGUGAAAAUGUAAUGCCGGUCGGGGUCUGAGUUUGAGGACCGAGGCACGUCGGGGUCCGGAGGCCCUCUCUGAUCCGAGGCACGUCAGGGUCGGGGUUCGGAGAUCCCCCUCUGAUCCGAGGCACGUCGGGGUCCGGGGGCCCUCUCUGAUCCGAGGCACGUCGGGGUCCGGAGGCCCUCUCUGAUCCGAGGCACAUCAGGGUCGGGGUUCGGAGAUCCCCCUCUGAUCUGAGGCACGUUGGAGUCCAAGGGCCGGAGGCCCUCUCUGAUCCAAGGCACGUCAGGGUCGGGGUUCGGAGAUCCCCCUCUGAUCCGAGGCACGUCGGGGUCCAAGGGCCGGAGGCCCUCUCUGAUCCAAGGCACGUCAGGGUCGGGGUUCGGAGAUCCCCCUCUGAUCUGAGGCACGUCGGAGUCCAAGGGCCGGAGGCCCUCUCUGAUCCAAGGCACCGUUUAGCCCAAAUAAGCUGCUUCACUUGAGCACGUCAUACUGCUGUGGGUUUACUGCUAUCAGGUUCACAGCCCAUGAGCGACCAUCACUUUGUCCCCCUCUCCCCCAGGCCGUGGCCCCAUCUUGCAAUCCUAUGGAAACACACCAUAUUUUUGUUGGGCAAGUUGUUUUACCAUUAAAUUUGCUUAGAGUCUCAAUCCAAGGUCA